CUCUAGUAAAGCAAUAAAAAACAAAUAACAAAAUGGUGGGAGUAAAUGUAGAUUCCAGCUCCGAUGAGCUGUCAUCGAAAAAUAAUGUGAUGAUCAAAUAUAUGCUGAAGCAACGUGAAAAUCAUGCGAGGGCACAAAAACACGACUACUCACACGUCUUUAGGCGGAAGACACGCUUCGAGAUGUUCCGAUUGUCAGCCAUAGCGAUGGGUAUUGAAUUUGCCUAUGCCGCUGAAACGUCAUUCGUAUCACCGAUUCUCUUGCAGAUUGGUAUCGAUCACAAACACAUGACCAUGGCAUGGGGUCUAUCGCCACUGAUUGGAUUUUUUGUAUCACCAUUUUUGGGUUCGGUCAGUGAUCGUUGUCAUUUGAGUUUUGGUCGACGUAGACCCAUCAUCACAUUGCUUUCGGUGGGUAUUUUGGUUGGCUUAAUAUUGGUUCCAUAUGGCAAAGAUUUGGGCCUUUUGCUGGGCGAUGAAGGUUACACUAUGAGUAAUGUAUCGUUGCCGUUAAAUGGUAACUAUACGGUUCAUGAUGGCAGUGUGUCAGCACAAAUGGCAUUGGAUCCAGAUGAGGGAUUUUCAGCGUCGAAAUUUAAAUUUGCCGCCAUUUUGACAAUAUUGGGUAUGGUUCUGUUGGAUUUCGAUGCGGAUACAUGUCAAACACCGGCUCGGACAUAUUUGUUGGAUAUGUGUAUCCCCGAGGAUCAGCCAAAGGCUUUGACCAUGUUCACACUAUUUGCUGGAGUAGGUGGCACUAUUGGCUACGCCAUUGGCGGUAUCGAUUGGGAAAGUACAAAUAUUGGUUCCUUCCUUGGUGGCAACAUUCCGACAGUCUUUGCUCUGGUGACCGUUAUAUUCUUCUUUUGUUAUUUACUCACUGUGACCACAUUCCGUGAAGUACCGCUGAAAUUAAUCGAACAGGAUGAUAUGUUGAGACCGCUGUCGGCCAAGGCCAUUAAGAAGGAAUUACAGAAAAAUAAUACCAAUGUGUUCUAUAUACAUGAGAAUUCCACCAUGGAUGCAGAAGCCGCUGCUGCAGCCGCAGCUGAGAAAUAUACCGUCAUCGAUCGUUAUCAAGGUGCUGGUGAAACGACAUCAAAUGGUGUUUCCAAUGGUCAUGCCAGUAAUGGCACACAACUACCUCCACCCGCACCAAAACUCUCCUCUAAGGCCAUUGAUAUCAAAGAAAUCGAUGACGACGAUAAACCCGUUUCGCUGAAGAAAUAUCUGAAAAGUAUAUUUGUUAUGCCCAAGUCAAUGAGAAUUUUGGCUUUGACAAAUCUUCUCUGUUGGAUGUGUCAUCUCACCUAUUGUCUGUACUUUACGGACUUUGUUGGUGAGGCUGUUUUUCAUGGUGAUCCAAUGGCCGCUCCCGGUUCCCAGGAGGCAGAAUUGUAUGAAGCUGGUGUUCGUUUUGGUUGUUGGGGUAUGUCCAUUUAUGCCCUUUCGUGUUCCGUCUAUUCGAUGACUGUGGAAAAACUCAUGAAGUGGUUUGGUACCCGAGCCGUCUAUAUCAGUGGCAUCUUGUUUUAUGGCGUUGGAAUGUUAAUUUUGGGACUCUGGCCCACCAAAUGGGGUGUUUUGUUCUUUAGUACCUCAGCGGGUAUUUUAUAUGGAACCAUAUUUACAAUGCCUUAUAUAUUGGUGGCAAAAUAUCAUGCCAAGAAUUGCUUCCGUGUUCGCGAUGGUGAAACCGUACCACUCAAACAGACCCGUGGCCUUGGCACUGAUGUGGCCAUCAUUAGCAGCAUGGUAUUUAUUGGCCAGCUGAUUGUAUCGGUGAUUGUUGGUCCGGUGGUUGCCUGGAUGCAAACCACUUGCGCCAUUCUAUAUCUGUCCACAAUUUUGGCAUUCUUUGCCGCCAUCUCUGCCAUGUUUGUGUUGUAUGUUUAAAUGA